AAGUAUACUAAAACCGUAGAAAUCUAUCAACCCACCAUCAUUAACACAAUGGAAAAUCUUAUGAUUUGUUUUUAUUUUUUAAUUGAAAGUGCGUGGGCUAUGGAGUGAAACAAAAUGGUGCAGUUUCAGGCCAAGUGGUGGAAAGUGAUGUGGGGGCUGGAGAUGUGUGGUGUGUGCUAGUUGAUGUAUGAUGUUGUCGUUUGUUUUGUAUUGUUUAUAAAAUCUUACAAAAAACAUUUAUGGGCAUUUUUACAAGCAUUGAAUAAUAACGACUCAAUGUAGUCAUUUGUAGCCCAGCUAGCAAUGAGGAAUUGGCCCUGAAGCGGCCCUUUUCCGAAUGCAUCAGGUCUUAGACCGCUGCACCACUCUGGAGCCUCCACCCACAACGUAUCAAAAUACUAUACUACUUAAACAGGAAUCUUAAAUGUUAAUUGUAUUUUUUGAUCACAGAAACAAUGAGAAAAUAUGGAAAAAUAAAGAAUGAAAGUAAUUAAUUAUUUGAAGCAGCCCGUGUAAUCAUCUGCCAUAGAGUAGCCUCAAUCGGCCCGAGCCCCCAAGUAAUAUAUUUGGGCCAGAUAACUGUCACCGGAAUCAGCCGGAGCUCAAUCCCCGCAUCCCAGCCAUACGUAAUAUGCCUAAAGUGGCCCAGAUUCGGGCCACGUGACGUCGGCCGAGCCCGACUCUCAGACGGAAUCGGUCCAGAUCCACUGCGUUAGCUGGGAGGCUAGCUAAACUCCGCCAAAAACGAAUCUAAUCUAACUAAACGCCUUGCCACUCAACUUCAUUGAGCAGUGUGGAUUUGAGAAUUCUUGGCUAACAAACAGACACACGUUUUGUUAAGGAUAAUAAACUUGUGCACACCUGUGUAGUAAACAAAAGCUAUGCCUGCAAUGGUUAAUAGCAAAGGAAAGGAGUAUACCUAGCCACUUGCACAACUGAAUGCAUUCAUUAAAUUGAAAUGUGUCUUCCUCAUUUAACACAACCCCUCAGCGUUAGUACACAUGUAUAGAGUAAUUACCUGCAAGAUUACUACCAAAACGCUUACCUCUCCAACUCUGUGUUCCCCAGUAUGUGCCAUUGUUUAGAUGCCUCUGACAGUGCCGAAAUACUGACCGGAAAAGAGUUACACAGUGUCUGUUUACACUGAUCAUCGCCCCAGACACGGAGACUUUGAAACUCACGGAGCAACAAAUUAUCUUUUAGUUACAAAACUCUUACGAUCUGAGUUGUAUUACACAUGUGUUAUCUAUAUGUUGAAGUACAAAGUGUGAUAUCUAUCCCACCUCGACUCAUACACAGAGGACAAGCAAGCGUUUAUGACACCGGAUGGUACGUAAGCAGCCUACGAAGUUUUUCUUCAACGUUGCGCAACAUUUGACCAUUUCCGCGCGGUGACGGUCCAUAUCUAGCUAACAAUUCAAUAUUUAUACUGCACUUCUUUUGCUUUGUUUGUAUAAUUUAAUGUGCUAAUUUGACAAUGUUAUUGCGGAGAGGACCGCGUAACAGAGCCUACCAAUACUGUACAUCUCAAUAAAGUUUAUUUUUACAAACACCCCCAAAAAAGUGUCAUGGCGACGCCCAGAGCAGACGACUGGAGUUGGUUUCCUGCAUUAGCACUCGGCGUUUCUUUCCUGAAAUGUAUUUUGAUAAACGCAUAUCAUUCCACAGACUUUGAGGUUCACAGGAACUGGCUCGCCAUCACUCACAGCCUUCCUGUGUCAAAAUGGUACCAUGAGAACACCUCAGAGUGGACCCUGGACUACCCUCCUUUGUUUGCCUGGUUUGAGUAUAGCCUGUCCCACGUGGCUCAGCAUUUUGACAAGGAGAUGCUGGUGGUGCAGAAUCUCAUCUACACCAGUCCUGCUACCAUCCUUUUCCAGAGGCUCUCUGUCAUCGUGACGGACAUAGUCUUCAUUUACGCUGUCAAAGAAUGCUGUAGAAGUGUGAGAGAAGAGAAGGGUUCCAAGGACCUCCUGGGGCAUCCAUUUUUCAUCCUGGCAGCUCUGCUUUUGUGGAACUUUGGCCUCCUCAUCGUUGACCACAUUCAUUUCCAGUACAAUGGAUUCCUGUUUGGAAUACUACUGCUAUCAGUGGCAAGACAUUUACAGGGCAGACACCUGGAGGGGGCGUUGCUCUUCACUGUUCUCCUGAACCUGAAACACAUCUACCUGUACAUUGCUCCUGCCUACGGGAUCUUCCUGCUGCGGAGUUACUGCUUCACCAAGGACAACACAGAUGGCUCUGUGAGAUGGAGCAGUUUCAGUCCUGUUCGUCUGGUAGCUCUGGGAUCUAUCGUGAUCUCUGUCGGCGCCCUGUCCUUUGGUCCGUUCAUUGCUAUGGGCCAACUCCCCCAGGUCCUUUCCAGACUCUUCCCCUUUAAGAGGGGCCUGUGCCACGCCUACUGGGCCCCUAACGUCUGGGCCCUCUACAACAUGGUGGAUAAAGCUCUGUCUGUGCUGGGUGUGCGUCUGAAGCUGUUGGAUGUGUCAAAGCUUCCCAAAGCCUCAAUGACUGGUGGAUUGGUGCAGGAGUUCCAGCACUCCAUCCUCCCCUCCGUCUCUCCCUCCAUCACACUCAUCUGCACUCUGCUCUCCAUAAUGCCUGCAGUGUUGAGUAUCUGGUGUCGUCCGCGUGGUGCCCGGGGGUUCCUGCGCUGCCUGGUGGUCUGUGCCCUGGGCUCCUUCAUGUUCGGCUGGCAUGUCCACGAGAAGGCCAUCCUCAUGGCCAUACUGCCCUUCAGCAUACUAGCAGUUGAGAGCAGAGAGGAUGCUGGGAUCUUCCUGAUGCUGACCACCACGGGGCAUUACUCUCUGUUUCCACUUCUCUUCACUGCAGCAGAGCUUCCCAUCAAAGUCCUGCUGAUGCUGCUGUUCACGCUCUACAGCUUCACCUCCUUAAAGAAACUGUUCAGGGGUUCCCUCCUUAACCCUCUGGAAACCACCUACCUCCUGGGCCUGGUUGCCGUAGAGAUCCUCUGCGAGGUUGUUUAUCCUCUGUCGCCGUGGCAGCAUACCCUGCCCUUCGUGCCCCUGCUGGUGACAUCAGUGUACUGCUCUCUGGGAGUCUCUUACUCCUUCAUACGCCUCUACGUCUCUCUAUUGAGGCAGCACGGGACAGACAAACACAAACAACUAUGAGACAGAGAGCGACACUAGUGAGUAGUGACCAAUUCACAAUCAACCCCUUUGUUGUAUACCAAAUAGUAUACUAUUCCCUGUGUAGUGCAUUACUUUUGACCAGGGCCAUAUAGAAUGUCAUUUGUGAUGCACUCUUUGUCUUACAUUGGUGUGUAAAGAAAAAAGUUGGUGUUUCAAACUUUCUGCGAUGCUGUUACUAGUCCAUCCAGAGCAGAUCUUCAAGUGUGCAUCUAUAAGUGUAGAUUUGGGAUGGGAAACACCAAGGAACAGUCACUUAUAAAUGCACACUCGAAGAUCGGCUCUUGAAGGAUGUAUCAUAGCAUGAAUAAUAUGUCUGUCUGAAUGUGUGAAAAAAAUAACUUGUAUCAAAUGUGUCUCAAAUGACAAUGGAAAAGUGGGGAAAUAGUAUGGAAUGGGAUGAAGUUCAUGCUGUAUUUCUUAUGUUUACAAAUAAAAAGAUAAUAAACA